AUGAACCCAACGAUAAAGGAAAAUCGGCAAGUCUAAAUAGUAAUACAUGUAUCAUACGAACUGUCACCAAACUGUCCGCUUGGUUAUACGUGCGAGGUAAUCGCCUCUUUAGACUCCGGUCUCACCGCACGCAGGAAUAUGGCUUUCAAAAAUGACUAUGUGCUUUUUACCAUCUGCCUGUUGCUUGGCAGUUCAGUAUUGUGUGAUAGUGCCAGAGUAUUAUUCGUAGGAGUUUAUGCAGGCGGGAGUCACGUGAUGGCAUUGAUUCCUAUAGGGAGAUCUCUUGUUGAACGAGGACAUGAGGUCACAUUUUUAAUUAAUGAUUUGAUAAGCGCGAAAUACGUUCAGCCGGAGUACACUGAUUAUCUUAAGUUCGAAACCUACAGCUUUCCAAGUCUAAACAGAGAUUAUGAACACCUUCAAUACAAAGUGAACGACCUGGCUUUUGCUGGUGACCAGUAUAGCCAAAUGAUUAUCCUGGCAUCAAUGUUCUCGGAUCUAAACCGGCGGAGUUGCGAGGCACUGUUUGGCGACGCGAAGCUUAUGAAACGUUUGCAAGAUGUGGAUGUUGUGGUGGUUGAUGUGGUUUGGCCUUGUGGAAUCUAUAUGAAGGCAUUCUUCUCAAAGCAAAGGGGCACCAAAAUUCGUGGAGUCGUCGUUUCUACUUCAGCAGCAUUCCCAUACAUACAACAGCUUGCCGGGUCUCCAGUUAACCCAUCCUAUCAACCUAUGCUUUCCUCAGGGUUGUCUUCUAGCAUGUCAUUCUCGCAACGCGUUAUGAAUACCAUUUCCUACCUGGUAGGAAACAUGUUUACUUACAACCUUAUUUCAAAACCCUUUCAUGGGAUAGUAGAUGUAUACGGUCUGGAUCCAGAAAUGAAAAGUUCUAUUCACGCGGAAGUUGAUUUAUAUCUCAUUAACUCGGAUUUUUCGAUCGGGUUCCCGCAUUCCUUAACUCCGAAUGUCAUUCCAGUCGGUGGUCUUACUGCAAGACCAGCCCAGCGUCUUGAGGACGAGUUGGAAAGCUUCAUGCAAAGUUCUGGAGAGCAAGGAGUCGUUGUCUUCUCGCUUGGUUCGAACUUCACAGAGAUAACCAAAUCAAAACCCGAGCUCACUGAAAAUUUCCUCGAGGCUCUGGGCCGUUUGCCUCAUAAGGUUCUGUUUCACCUAAGAGCAGAUCUCCCAGAACGCUUUUCAGAAAACAUCAAGUUUCUAUCAUGGCUUCCCCUCCAGGAUGUCCUCGGUCAUCCCAAGACCCGUCUCCUGGUCUAUCAUGGUGGCAACAAUGGUUUCCUGGAGGCAGUGUACCACGGUGUGCCACUGGUCGUCAUGCCCCUAGUCGGCGACCAGGUCGACGUAUCUGUCAUGGUCAAGGAGUUGAGACUCGGUACCACUCUUGACAAGACACGUUUGAACGCGGACUACAUUUACCAAACCCUGACAGAAGCUCUGGGAAAUCCAGAGUACAGUAAGAACGCGAAGCGUGCUUCGGCUAUUUUAAGAGACCGGCCAAUGACAGCUCCUGAUCGAGCAGCUUUCUGGAUAGAACACGUCAUCAAACAUGGUGGAAGCUACAUGCGAUCCCCUGCCCACGACUUAUCAUUUAUUCAGUAUCAUUUGUUAGAUGUUGUUUUGAUAUUAACUUUAAUAUGUUUAACAUUAAUGCUCCUCGCUUAUAAACUUCUUAGAUUAUGUAUUUGCUUUUGCUUCCGUUUAACCAAAGGUGACAAAAUUAAGAAUGAGUAAUGACUG